UCGAAACUUGGUGUCAGAUUUUAGAAUGAGUGCAGAAAUCGAGGCGCUUGGAAUGCUUUCUACGUUCGAUUCGGAAAUGAUAGUUACUUCGAAUGUGGAUAAUUACGCAUUAAAUGGAACCGUCGAAAUUACCACUGUACUAUCAGCUGUAUUUGGCGUGAUAGCGUUAAUGCUAUUAUUUUUCCUGUAUGUAAAUCGCAAAUGGUGUUUUCAUGCCCGCCGAGGACUGCAUUGUUGUGAUGAAAAACAUUUGGCCUCAAAAUGUGUACAAAAACUAUCACGAAAACGACGCUAUGACAACACUAGCUCCGAUUCGGAGGAAGAUAUCCUCAGGAGAUUACGUUUGCAACAGGCCCGCAUUGCUUCAUCGGCCAGUGGGAGUGGAUCGUUUACCAAUUAUGGCAUAAAUCAACUUAAUCCAUUGUCUCAGAAUUUCAAUUACUUUAAUAGUGACCUGCAGCGGGUGACUGUCACCCCUAGAGAUUCUAAUAAGGAUCCUUUGGCAAUAGCAGAACGUGGUAAAGUUGGAAUACCUUCUUCACAUAGUGAAUGUAGUUCCAAUGAUUCGGUGGAGGCAUCAAUAGAUAGUCACACUGGAAUUUUAAGUGGUGAAAAGAAAGAACGCCAUCCAUCAAUCAGUAAAACUUCCGAUAUAUCAAAUAGUGCUUCGCUAAAAGAGUCUCGCAUCGAUCUUAGUGGAGAAUCGACGAAAACAGCCAAAUAUCAAAAGAUCUCAAACAGUUCAAAUGCCACAACACCACCACGCCAAGAAAGUUUAGACGAUGUGCCCAAUAUCCAAUGCAGCAACAAUGCCCAAACAACCACCACCAAUAACAAUAAUGAAGAUGAACCUUUAUUUGAUACCAGCGAUUUAAGAUCCAUUAAAUCUGAUGAUAUAUCCCUGCAGACUCAAUGCUAUGGUAAAUCCGGUAGCAUUGAAAUUUCACUCUUGUAUGAUGCACCCAUGCGUAAGAUGACCGUACAUGUGCUACAGGCACGUGGUGUACCUACCUUGGGCAACGGCCAGCAGUGUCACACACAAGUGCGCCUUCUUAUGUUGCCGAACAAGAAACAAAAACACAAGACCAAAAUUCGCUCCGGCGAAAAUCCGCAGUAUGUGGAAAGUUUUCUAUUGCAUCGUGUUACACCUGAAGAGGUGAAUAACAUGGGUCUGCGUGUUCGCCUGUAUGGCUGCGAACGUCUACGCAAAGAACGACUGAUUGGCGAAGCGUAUGUGAGCUUUGCUACGAUAGAUUUAGAAUUGGAAACAAAUCUUUGGUUACCCUUGGAGCCAAGAAAUACAUCAUCGAUUUUGGGAUCAUCCAGUGAUCUAUUAAGUUUAGCCCGUUCCGAUAGUGCCGGCUCGACCACUUCAAUGCAACAUGGAGGUGUACCCGAGCUACUUCUAGGUUUAGGUUAUAAUGGUACCACAGGGCGUUUAACCGUUGAAAUUGUCAAAGGCAGUCACUUCCGUACACUGUCCAUAAACAAGGCGCCAGAUACAUAUGUUAAGCUGUGUUUAGUUAGUAGUAUAGGACAAGAGAUAUCCAGAGCGAAAACAUCAACGAGACGUGGUCAGCCAAAUCCUCUGUUUAAAGAGACAUUUGUAUUCCAGGUGGCCUUGUUUCAAUUGAACGAUGUUACGUUAAUGGUUUCCGUUUACGCCAAGCGUAAUAUGAAGAAAAAUGAAAUGGUCGGUUGGUUUAGUCUCGGCCUAAACUCAUCUGGACCAGAGGAGGUGGCCCAUUGGGUGGAUAUGCGUGAUAUGGCCAAGGGUGAGCUGUUGGCGCGGUGGCAUGUCCUGGUGGAUUCCUGAUUUGAACAGUUGGGGCAGUCUUCACGCCGUGGUAGUGCUUUGGGUCUCCUGACCUCAUUCACCACAACGAAAGAUAAGUCCAAAAGCAAAAAGCCCAAGGAUGAGGAGGGCUCAGCAAAGCCCGAUGUGGUUGCUGUCGACAUAGAGACUGGCCUUGAAUUGGAUUUUGUUUAGAAGACGCAAGUGUGCCUCCCUCCAAGCCCCGCCUCCCAUAAAUAUGUAUGCAUGCCUCCGUCGUAAUCAAAAUCUAAUUCUAUCAUUUUUUUUCUAAAAAAACAAUUUUUUGUGGAUAAAUCAUAAGCGUUGAAAGAUGCAAUGUUUAUGGGGAAAUUUGUCAGUAUGAACGUUUGUGUGCGAAUUGGUCGCAUGCUCACACAUACAAAAACAUUUGUAUUUGUAAUUUUUACAAAAUAUAACAUUUUUUUUAAUAUAAAACAAGAAAAUAAAAAAAUCAAAAACAUUUUCUAAAUUAGCUUUCUCCUCUACCGCGGGCGGCCAAUGCCUGUUCGCUUGCUGGUUCGGGGGAUAAUUUAAGUAAAACUUUGGCAAACAAAAAGUAACGAUUUUGUAUGAGAAACUAUGAAGAAAAAAAAAUGAACAACAACAACAAUUUAGCUUAUAACUAAUUAAUUAAAUCUUUGUCACUUUAACAAAUUAAUUCUACGCGCACAUAUUAUUAAUAAUAAUAAAACAAAAUUUAAAUAACAAUACAAAAACUAAAAAAACAUAAAAUACUUUUUUGGUAACCAAAAACUUAAAUAAGAAACAACAGCAACAAAAAUAACAUAAACACAAGAAUACCUUAAUUAA